GGCUUUUUGACGCACACGAAGAAGACGAACCCGGAAGCCCCGUGUCUCGCUCCCGCCAGCAGCGCUGUCGUUGUGUUAAAAGUGUCUCUUCGGGUGCGGUUGAUGCUCCCGGGCCGAUGACACACAUCGCGUCGGUCCACAAUGUCCAAACUGCGGGUGGUGAAGACGCUGGUGGCCGAGAGACUGACGGCGGUCGCUGAGGAAAUACUGGAGGAGAAGUCGGAUAUGUCACCUGAGCAGCAGAGGGCGGCUGUACACAGGCGGCUGUCGGCGGUUGUCGAGGAGAUCUUUAGGAUCCUGGAGAAGAUGGUUGGAGAAUACGAGACGGAAGAUGCGAGUUCCCAUGAGGAGAUUGAUCGUAAACGCCAGCUCAUGAGCAUGUUGUUGAAAACCGAGACAAAUGUACCCAGGACAGACACACUGCCGCUCUCCGGCUCAAACUGCGUAAAGCACACUUCCUCCGAGCAGAGCAAGACCUCCAGUCAGGAUCAGAAAACCUCCCGUCUGCCCCGGACGAAAGACGCGUCCACGGAGACCGACUGCGAAUUCAUCCGCGUUAGACCUUCCCACACGGAGGCGCAGUCACCGGGCGACAACGAGCCGCUGUCAUCAAACGAAUCCGAAGCUGCGAGUGAAGACCAGAAACAUCUCAAAUCAAACAAGCGAAAAAUAUCUAAGAGGCAAAAUCGAGCUGAGGAUUAUUGCGGAAUGUGUGGGAGGUCUUCCCUCAGAGGUGUGGCUGGGAAGAAAAUCCAAAAAACAGAAGGUAAAAUUUCUGCGGCGAACAAGAUCCAACUUGGCGGACGGAGUCGUUGCAGAGUGUGCGGAAAGCAUUUCCGCUCCAAGCGCUCUUUUCUGAAACACGUACUUCGGCACGAAGAGACCUCGGAUCUGUGUGGAGCCUGCGGGAAACAUCUGGACCCUGACGAGAGCUUGAAGACGCAUUUACAAACCCACAACGAAGAAGAAGAGGCCCGCGGGGACGAGGCGCAGGACGAGCGUCCCGAGGCGAGCGGCAUAGCGGGCGGCAGAACGUGCGGCAGCGACGAGCAGUGGGGGCGCGGCGAGGGAAGUAACGGCAACGACCUCGGCGAGACCAAAGACGGACCUUGUUUAGAAAAUUCAAAAACCAAAAGGUCGAACAAACCCAGAGGACCUAAAAAAAAGGAUAAUAAGGAUCCAUCGCUCCUGAAAUAUAGCUGUAAAGUCUGCGGCAAGUACUUCUGCUACAGAGCCUCUUUUCUGAAGCACGUGCAGGAAGACGAGGGCGACGCCGGCGUCUGCGGCGUGUGCGGUAAGCGCUUCGAGUCCAACGACGGCCUGAGGCGCCACCUGCAGACGUACGUCCGCACCAACGACUGCGAGGUCUGCGGCAAGCGCUUCGAGAGCCACCAGCAGCUGGAGAUGCACGCCCGGACGCACACGGGGGAGAAGCCGUACGUCUGCAACGUCUGCGGCAAGGCGUUCGCCCAGAACGGAAACCUGAUGGGCCACAUGAGGGCCCACACGGGGGAGAGACCCUACGCCUGCAGCGUGUGCGGCCAGAGCUUCGGCUUCAAAGAGUACAUGACGGCCCACAUGAGGAUCCACACGGGGGAGAAACCCUUCCUCUGCAGCGUCUGCGGGAAAGGCUUCAGGCAGCGGGGCACCCUGAAGACGCACUCCAUGAUCCACACGGGGGAGUCCGCGCACCGGUGCGCCGUGUGUGACAAGGCGUUCUACAAGAGCGGGGCGCUGAAGAUCCACAUGAGGUCCCACACGGGCGAGAGGCCGUACCUGUGCAACGUGUGCGGCAAGAGCUUCGGGGCCAGCGGCUCGCUGACCAAGCACAUGGGCGUGCACGAGGGGGAAGGGGCGCGCGCCAGGAAGGAGGGCCCGAAGAGACGCGCUCAGUCUCGCGGCGGCGAGUCCACGCAGCUGACGAGUCUUUAAUGUUCGUUGGGCGAUUUUUCCAAGCAAACGCGCCCCACAAGUUCUGGGUAACGGGGAACACUUUUCCUAUUUUUAUCUACACUGGUUCACUUCUCUCUCCGCUGUUGUUCAGAGGGAUCUUUGUAUCCUUCAGCGUUGUAGAACCGCUUUAUAGCGCUUUGGUCUUCACGUACUAAAUAACAUCUUCGGAUGCAAAAAUGACCAGUUAAUUAACUGUUGUUAAUGGUUUUAACCAUUGCCAAUGUUGUUUAUAUUUUAUGGCCCAAAUUAUUCAACAAGAGGGACGUUGCACAACAUCAUGUGCAAAACUAUUAGUGAGUUUUAUGGCUUUUUGCAAAAGUUUCACAAGUUAACGCUGUUAUGAAGAUGCUUUCUCAGGAAACUGCCUCAAUUUAUGGAAAAACACAAAUGUUUCAAUCUGUUAAUUUACCAACUCACCUCUCAUAUGAGUGAUGCUUUUACCGUAAAGCAGUUUUCUUAGUUCCCAAUGCUGAGAAGGAGGAUUUAUCAGGCGAAAAUGAAUGUGACAAAAACAAACUCAGAUUUUCAGUUUAAACAGUUUAUUUUUCUGUUUUAAAUAAUUACUUGGGUCAUCCAGUGUAGGCUAUGUUGGUUUGUCAUACAUGUUGGAACCAGAUUCAUUGUCAACAAAGGAUGCUCGGGGGGGGGGGUUGUAUGAAAAAAGACAAACUGAAAAAUUAC